UACAGUUAACCUAAAUGGGUUAGUUUAUAUAAGUACCGUAUUUUUCGCUCCAUAAGACGCACCUGACCAUAAGACGCACCUAGGUUUUAGAGGCAAAAAACAAGAAAAAAAAAAUAUUCUGAACCAAUGGACUGCAGACACAGUACAGGAGAUGACCAGAGACUGCGGACACAGUACAGGAGAUGACCAGAGACUACGGACACAGUACAGGAGAUGACCAGAGACUGCGGGACACAGUACAGGAGAUGACCAGAGACUGCGGACAUAGUAUAGGAGAUGACCAGAGACUGCGGACACAGUAC